AUCCGAUACUAUAUAAAUAAAAUACACAACACUAUUCUCGUGUUUAUUCACAACCGCCUUUUCAUAUUCGACUUGAACAAAAAGAAAAAUAAACACAGUCCUUCACAGCCUGCUACUCCAUUGUCAUCUUCUCGCUCUCCUCUUUCGUCAAGAAAUCAAAGGUAAAAAUGCAUUUAGAAGAGUUGGAAAGUGGUGGAAUUUCGGCUUCUGUUGAGGAAGUGCAAAGAAUUACUGAUAAUAUGAGUGAUUUUGAUGAGGAUGAUGAUGAAGAUCAAGUUCCCGUAAAGCUUGGUUUUGUUGAAAAGAGUAGCCAACCGCUUCUUCGUCAAAUGUUUCCUUGCAAGGCGGGAGGAGUUCCGGCGUGGCUGGAUCCUGUCAAUCUACCAACAGGAAAGUCUUGUCUCUGUGAUAUGUGUGGGGAACCUCUGCAAUUCUUACUUCAGGUUUAUGCUCCGAUCGCAGAGAAGGAAUCCGCAUUCCAUCGAACUUUAUAUGUGUUCAUGUGCCUUUCAAUGACAUGUCUUCUGAGAGACCAACAUGAGCAAUGGAAACGUGGCCCACAAAAGCCAUCUAGAAGUGUGAAGGUCUUCCGCUGCCAACUCCCGCUUACGAAUUCCUUUUACUCAAGUGAGGCGUCAAAAGAUGGGAAUGCCAUACUUUUAGGAACUGGAGCUCCCCUUUGUGCUUGGUGUGGCUCAUGGAAGGGAGAUAAAGCAUGUAGCAGCUGCAAAACGGCCCGUUACUGCUCUGAGAAACACCAGGUAUUGCAUUGGCGUGCAAAUCAUAAAACCAAAUGUCAACAAUUAAGUGUUUCUUCCAAGUCAUGUGAUGGUAGCUGUAUUGAUGAUGGCUCUUCAAAUGAGAUUAUCACAGCUGCAAGCAAAGCUCUUUGGCCUGAGUUUGAGAUAAUAGUCGGAGAUGAAGAACUUUCAUCUUCGGAUGCUGAUGAAAAUUCUGAUUCAUUGGUCAGUAAACGAAUGGAUGAAACAGUCAACUCACUCAUGGACAGUUUUGAGGGUGAUGAUGAUCGACGAAGUUGGGCAACAUUUCAACUGCAUCUUGCUAAAGCCCCUGAACAAGUAUUGAGGUACUCUAGAGAUGAAAGGGCUAAGCCUCUUUGGCCUACAUCAAGUGGCCGACCAUCUAAGGCUGAUAUACCGAAGUGCUCUUCAUGUGGCGGCACGAUGACUUUUGAGUUUCAGAUCUUGCCACAAUUGCUUUACUACUUUGGUGUGGACAACGAUGUCAACUCGCUGGACUGGGCGACGAUGGUGGUGUACACUUGUGCAGACUCUUGCGAAGGAAGUCCGGCUUACAAAGAGGAGUUUGUUUGGGUACAACUUACCUCACAAUCUUCUACUACCGCUUGAUCUCCAGCAUUAAAAUGUAUAAAAUUCAGAUUAGUUUUGAACGAGUUCUUUAAAGUUUUAUGUCGUAUUUGUUUUCAAUGGGUUGAAUUUUUGAAACGAAGAAAUCCUUAAAUUAUGUAUGAUCUCUCAUUCACUUGCUUAUUUUUAUUUUUAUUUUAUCA